AUGCCUCUGCAAGAUCCGAAUCUCUACGGGCAACCAGCGCCCAAGAAACAAAAGAAGGAGUUGAAUCUUUCUGGUUCUCUAACCUUCUCGUCCCAGCUUAGCUCACUUCUCGCCGCGUCCUCAGCGUCAUCAACAUCAUCACCUGCCAGCACAACAGCCACAACCGGUCGUGCGCGGCCCUCUAAAGCUGGCAAGGACAUCUUUUCUGGGGUGAAAAAGAAGACUAAGCCUGGCGCGAAGACCGUUAACGAGGACAGAGACGGCAAGCUGACGCUCAAAGAGCCCGUGGGCACCGAAGAUGAGAAGAGGGAGCUUGAACGCGCCCGCCGGAAUAUGGAGCACAAGGCCCGUCUCUAUGCCGCCAUGCAACGCGGGGAUUAUAUCGGCAAGGAAAUCGGCCUGGUUGACUUUGAUCGGAAAUGGGCGGAGGAGCAAGAGAAGAAAACAGGCCACACUGGCGAGGUGUCAUCUUCAUCAGAGGAUGAAGGGUCCGAGGAAGAAAAGGAAGAGUUAAUAGAGUACACCGACGACUUUGGCCGCACCCGCCUCGUCACGCCAGCCCAAAAGGCCAAGCUGGAGCGCUCCCGCUCCUCCGCCGCCGAACUCACGCAAAUGUCCGCUCGCCCUGCCGAGCCCGAGCAGCUGAUCGUAGGCGAUACCAUCCAGACGGAAGCCUUUGCCGCCACUGUGACUGCGGACCGGUUGGAAACUAUCAAUGAGCUAGCCGCCAAGCGCGACAGGAGCGCGACGCCGCCUCCGCCGACCCAUUACGACGCGAACUGGGAGAUCCGCACCAAGGGUGUGGGAUUUUUCCAGUUCAGCAAGGACGAGAAGAAGAGAGAGGAGGAAAUGAGGGCGCUAGAGGAAGAACGCAAGAAGACGGAGGAGAAGAGGAGGGAGCGGGAGGAAAUCUUGGAGAAGAGGAAGAGAGAGAUUGAAGAGAGGAGGAAGGAGAUCAAGGAGAGGAGGGCAAGAAAGAUGGCGGAUAACUUCUUGGAAGGGUUGGGUGAGGAGCUUCUGGGAGGAGAUGCUGCUGCAGCCGGGAGUGGUGGCGGCGGACGAAAAAGGGAGAGGGAAGAGGAUGUGGAGGAGAAGAAGUGGGCGACUCGCCACAUUGUUCGCUGCGACGUGUCGGUAAUCGCACGGUUGAUGGGUGAACAAGAAAGCAUAAUCGUCAUCUACAAAGUCAAAGUUUCAUCCUUCUUCACUUCCAAUGUGUUUCCUCAUCCUGACCCAGACCUCUCAGUCUCUCCGGGCAAGAUGCGCGUCUCUGAAGCCACCAGCUCUCUAUUCUUGAACCGCUAG